UUCGGCAUGAUCUUCCUGUCCAGAAUCAUGUACUAAUCUCCGGAGCACAGGUCUUUCUCUUUUCCACUCCAAUACACAGACCUUUCUUCUAAUUUUUGCAUCUAUGGGUCUAUUGCAUCUCAAUGGGUUAAGCCCAACUCUAAAAAUUCUCGUUGCGGCGGCAGGAUGCUUCGUAUUGAGCUGCAUCGUCACCUGCAUCAUCAUCCUCUGCGUAGUCUCCAAAUACCGGAGCCGCCGGCCUUCCUCCAUAUCCGUUCUCGAGAGCGCAACUUUCGAUCCAGCGGAUAUCAACCGGAUCGACAUGCCCGAGCUGGUCCAAGCGACCCGAGACUUUUCGCCGGACCUCAUAAUUGGAGACGGCAGCUUCGGCCUCGUUUACAAGGCCAAGCUCUCCUCCGGCCUCCAAGUCGCCGUGAAGAAGCUCUCCGCCGACGCCUUCCAGGGCUUCCGCGAGUUCCGGGCCGAGAUGGAGACUCUCGGUAAGAUCCGGCACCCGAAUAUAGUGAAGAUGAUCGGGUACUGCUCCGCGGGCUCGGAUCGGGUCCUGAUUUACGAGUUCGUGAAGAACGGCAGCCUGGACCAAUGGCUUCACUACACGUCGGCGUGUGACGUGGCGGAGUCGGCCCAGCGGGAGCCUCUGAGCUGGGAAACGAGGGUUAAGAUCGUCAAAGGAGUGGCGAAAGGGCUGGCCUAUAUGCACAGUUUGGACCGUCCGAUCAUUCACAGGGAUAUAAAAGCCAGCAAUGUCCUUUUGGAUGAAAACUUCGAGUCCCGGAUCGCAGAUUUCGGAUUGGCGAGGCAGACCGAAGGGUCCCACAUCGACGUCUCCACGCAGGUGGCCGGAACGAUGGGGUACAUGCCGCCGGAGUACAUCCACGGCGCGGCGAGGGCCACCACGAUGGGAGAUGUGUACAGCUUCGGGGUAUUAAUGUUGGAAAUUGUCACCGGCAGACGGCCGAACUUCCCCUUCGCCGGAGAGGACGGCCGGGAUAUUAGGUUGGUGGAAUGGGCUAGAAACAUGGUCUCGCAAAACCGGUACGAUGAGAUUAUUGAUUCGAAGUUGUCGGUGUACGGUCCGAAUGAAAAUGAUCUGACCCGCUACUUCAGGAUUGCAACAAUGUGCAGCAGUGAAACAGCUAGGGAGCGACCUAUAAUGAAUGAUGUUAUAAUUAUGUUAGAACGAUGGUAUAACUGAGUUUAGUUCAUUCCUUCGAGUAUGAUCUUUUGAUACAUCGGAAAGGAAUUCCCUCGAGUAUGAUCAAUUCAAAGGAGUUUGUGUUAUCUACUUUCGUCCCAUUUUAUGUGUCUUAGUUUGACUUGACACGAUUAUUAAUGAGAUGGUUGAAAUAAUAAAAAUUGUGGUUGAGAUUUGAGUGUAAUAAAGUGGAAUGAUGUAGACCACAUAUUUCUUUCUAGAAAAGGAAAGAAGAUACUUAUUUUAGGACAACCCAAAAAGGAAAGUAAGACAUGUAAAAUGGGACGGAGGAAGUAACUUGUAAAUACUUCGGACUAGUUAAUACUCAUCCGUCCUUUAAAACUUUAUCAUCUUUCCAUUUUAAUCAAUUAUUUUGUGGUUUCU